GAUGGUUUUGGUGUUGAUUUGGAGGAUCCCUCAACAAUUCCAAAGAAUUAUCUCAAACUCGCUUUGAAAAAGAUUGUAAUUUACCACCAAUCGAUAAUAAAAUUAGCGUACGAUUUCGAAGAUCAAUUCAACGUGUUAGUUUUAACCGUUUUCUUGGCGAACACCGCAAUAUUAUGUUUCACAAUGUACCACGCAUCGUUAUAUCCGAUAACGAACGAACGUUCGUUGCAAGAUUUCGCUUUUAUCGUGACGAUUUCCACUCAAGUUUUUCUUUAUUGUUAUUGGGGAAAUGAAUUGGCGUUGGAAAGUGAAAAGGUAGCGUGGACUUGCUAUGAAAGCGAUUUCGUCGGGGCGGGGUGUUCGUUUCAAAAAUCGCUGGUUCUAAUUAUGAAUCGAAGUCAAAAACCCAUUUUAUUAACUGCCGGAAAAUUUACAAGUUUAAGUCUGAUGACUUUCGUUGGGAUUUUGCGACUUUCUUAUUCGUAUUACAUGGUUUUAAGAAGAAAUAAUGAGCAAAAUUAA